CACCGUAGCCUCUAGUGUGUCGAGGCGCUGGGGAAUCAAACGUUCAGGUGCAAUAGUGGAUGGCCCAGCAGAUGAAGAUGCACUAGGGGCCUCAAAACUGGCACCCAGGGUCUUGGCACGCUUCCCCCUACUCAUUGCCUUUCUUUUCUUCUUGCUAGUCUUGCCAAUGGCUCCAAGUUCUGGGGGCGUGAUCUUUUCUAAAGCAUAA